CGCGCUUCAAGGCGCAGGCGCGGGGAGGGGUUGGGGGAGGAGGGAAAGCGACGAGUAAGAUGGAAGAUGAGGAGGUCGCUGAGAGCUGGGAGGAGGCGGCAGACAGCGGGGAAAUAGACAGACGGUUGGAAAAAAAACUGAAGAUCACACAAAAGGAGAGCAGGAAAUCCAAAUCUCCUCCCAAAGUGCCCAUUGUGAUUCAAGACGAUAGCCUUCCCACGGGGCCCCCUCCACAGAUCCGCAUCCUCAAGAGGCCCACCAGCAACGGUGUGGUCAGCAGCCCCAACUCUACCAGCAGGCCAGCCCUUCCUGUCAAGUCCCUAGCCCAGCGGGAGGCAGAGUACGCAGAGGCCCGGAGACGGAUCCUGGGCAGUGCCAGCCCCGAGGAGGAGCAGGAGAAACCCAUCCUUGACAGGCCAACCAGGAUCUCCCAACCCGAAGACAGCAGGCAGCCCAGUAAUGUGAUCAGACAGCCUUUGGGUCCUGAUGGGUCACAAGGCUUCAAACAACGCAGAUAAAUGCAGGCAAGAAAGGAUGCCGCUGCCACCACAGCCACCACCACCGCCUCCUGGAUUGUCUGCCAUGGGUUGCACUGCCGUGGCAGACAUCUGGACUUGAGCAGAGGGAACGACCUGACUUACUUGCACUGUGAUCCCCCUUGCUCCGCCCACUGUGACCUUGAACCCCAUGCACUGUGACCUCUGCCUCCCCCCCCUUCCCACUGUGAUUGGCAUAUUGACAAGGGCUGUCCCAAGUCAAUAGAAAGGGAAAGGGUGGGGAUUAGGGGAGGGUUGGGGGAACCUACCAAGGACUCAGAGUAGAGGGUCAGACAGUGCCACUUGGCUACUUGGGGUAAAGCCAGUGCCAGCAAUAAGUUUAUCAUGCUCGUUAAUUUGGGAUUUCAAAACACAAAUGAGAACUGCCCCCACCCACCCCAAGUGCAUGUCGCCAUCACUUAAAAGUAAGUUCCAUUGAAAAUAUCCUUUCCUUUUUUUUUCUUCCUAUUUUUGUUUGUUUAUACAAAUAUCUGAUUUGCAAGAAAAAGUGCAUGGAAGGGGUUUUAGCAGUUUAAUGAAUUUUUAAUUGAGAAAGGGUAGCUUGGUAGUCACUUAAAGAUGUUUCUAGGAAAUUUGCUAGAAGCAUUAACCAAUAGGAUUUUGGUGAGCUUAGCUUCUGUAUCCUACUGCUGCCCAGAAAAGGCGGGGCUCCGGAGCCCCCAGUAGAUGAGCACUGUGCCUAUGUCACCUUCCUCCAGCCAAGCCCCAGCUAAGUUGCCUAGAGACAGCUCAGAGAGCCUGGGGGAGGGUGCCAACCCCAGCUCUAGUAUUGUGGGAAAUGGGGAAAGUGACCAACUUACCCUUCCCACACCCCUCAGGGUGGCUCCCUGUCAGCCAGGUUUGCUGCUCCUAGAGGUGGAUAGGACGAGGAGUAUUGGGGAGGAGACUGCUGUGGGCUCAGGGCAGGCAGAGGUGGUACUUGUCCACUGUUUGCCUCAGCACAAGCCCAGGAGAGUCUGGCUCAGAACUCCAGGCCUCUGCUGGCAUGGUCAGAGGUAGACAGACUGGAACGCUAAAGGACCUGUGGCGUGCCACAGCUGUUGAUUGCCCUGGCUCAGAAACUACCUGGUACGUUUCCUGGGUCAAAUGAGUACCAUAGGAAGAGAACAGUUAGAGAAGAGUUGGGAAAAGAAACACUUUGCAUUGCAGACGCAGGUGGUUGAUAGGUUUCUCAGAGGCCUCUUCUGCCCUUUCCCUUCUUGUCAGAACGAGGCUGGUAUGAAGGCCCAUUUCUGUCCCUGAGCCUGGAGAUUUGCUUUGGCUCCUGGUGGGGAGAGGCUUGAAAGGGCAGCUGUGUCCCAUUGGGGGCUCCCAGGCUUCCUAGUCUUUCCCGUGCAUUUUGCCUUAUCCCUCAGCCAGCCGGAUGGCCUCCUCUCUCCUGGCCAGCACACAGGGUGCUGUGGUGGUGUGGGAUUAGGGCAGCUAUGGUGGCCAAGGUGGUGAGCUGAGUUUUUGCAGAAUCCCACCGCCUUCGGUUCCCUGGCUUAUGCCCUGUAGCAGUGGCCCACAACAUUGAUAACACAGCCCUAGACCUGCCCGAAGCCAGGGGCCUUCUCUUCUGUAAUCGAGCUGCAGCAGAGCCUCAGCAACAGGGUUGGCCACCCCCAGGAGGGAGCAGGAAGGCAGUUGGCUGCUAGCUCAUAGUCUAGGGCCCAUCCACAGGGGCUAGUGGUUUCUGGUUGGAGGGCAGACUGCUUUCUGUGGAGAAGAGUGCAGAAACCCUGCUUGCCCCACCCUCUCUAGUGGGAGCUAAGGACAGCUGGUGUCUGCUUUUUGCGAGCUUGCAGGAGUUGGCUCUCCCAUCUCACUUUGGCCAAAGAAGGCCCUGCCCACAGCGCACUUGGCGCCAGCCCACCAGCAGUCUUGCAUUUGGCCUCCUAGAUGGAGAGGUGGCUGGUACAACGAGAGAAA